AUGGAUGUUCAUACUUCCAAUUUCACUACUUUGGAUGUUCUACCAGCUUUACCUUCAAUCUCUGUAAAAUUAUUGGAGAAAAAUUACUCUUUUUGGAGGUCUCAAAUCUUGCUGCCAUUGACAUCUCAUGGUCUCGAAGGAUUCGUCAGUGGUGAAAAGGAAUGUCCACCGAUGUUUGUAUUCGAAAAGCUAGAUGAAUCUGGUCAAAGUGUGAAGAAGCCAAACCCUAGCUAUUUUUCUUGGAAAAAAGUUGACCAAUUCUUGUUUCAGUCAGUAUCUAAGGCUAGGACUUUGCACUUAAGAAAUCUUUUACAAACUACUAAGAAAAAAGCUUGUAGUGUGAGUGAGUACGUGUUGAAAGUGACAGAGUUGGGAGACGAAUUAGUUGCGAGUGGCGUGAAUUUAACAGAUGAAGAACUUGUGUUGUAUAUAUUGGAUGGUUUGGGGCCGAAGUACGAUGCCAUGGUGGCAAAUUUGGUGUCUACUAGUAGUUAG